AUGGGCGAACAUAAUCUCCUUAAUCCUGGGUUUGUGGGACCGCUGGUGAACAUCCACACGGGAGACACCUUCUAUUUCCCCAAUUUCCGAGCCUCCGGAGGACAGCUGCCCGGCUUGCCUUCUCUCUCCUACCCACGAAGGGACAAUGUCUGCUCUUUGCCCUGGGCGUCCUCCGAGCCCUGCAACGGAUACCCCCAGCCCUACCUCAGCAGCCCCGUGUCCCUUAACCCGUCCUCCUUCAGCCGAGCCUGCGACCUAGCUAGAGUGGAGGAGAGCAAGUGCUACUAUAGGGAGGCUUGCUCCGAGAACGGCCCCCUCAAGCGGGAAGAGAGAGGGGUCGCUAGGGACAAUGCCUUGCUGCCCCUCGAGUCCGGCAUCCCCAACGGAAUGGGAGGCACUUUCGGCAAAUUUGACUACCCGGCGGCUCCCGAGGCGGUCUCCCACCACGACCCCCCUUCCUGCCAGUCCUUGGAGUCUGACUCCAGCUCCUCUUUACUCAAUGAAGGGAAUAAGGGAGCCACCAGCGAGCCCUCCACCAUGGUCUCCCCUCUCAACCAAGGAAGCAGCCUGGCCGCCGGGGGUGCUCCCUGGUAUCCGAUGCACACAAGGUCCCGGAAAAAACGAAAGCCCUAUUCUAAGCUGCAGCUCGCGGAGCUGGAAGGGGAAUUCAUGGUCAAUGAAUUCAUUACUCGCCAAAGAAGGAGGGAGCUUUCAGAUCGGUUAAACCUGAGUGACCAGCAGGUGAAGAUCUGGUUCCAGAACCGGCGUAUGAAAAAGAAAAGACUCCUCCUGAGAGAGCAAGCCCUUUCUUUCUUUUAAACACCAGACAUGUCCGUAUGGGGAUAGCCACAGAGACUCUGUAGCCUUCAUCCCAGCUGAUGGUCACGGGACUCUUACCUGUCUGGUUUCGAAUAUUAUUAUUUUUUUCCUUUUUAAAAAAAGAAAAUCGGUAUCCUUUUCAAAAGCCCAACAGCAGGCAUGUUUAUGUGUGUGUGUGAGUGUGUGGAGAGAGCGAGAGAAUGAGAAAGUAAGUCCCUUCCACUCCUGGACUGGUUGAGGAGAGCCCAAAAUGUGAAUGUGAACCCACACCAGCCAGCCAGCCACCACCUUGGGUCUCUAUGAUGAGCAAGGCUUUGUCCGCCAAGGUGGAGCAGAGUCUUUAUGGAACCCGACCAACAUGUCCCAAAUCUCUCCCACUCCUUCGCUCUCAAGCAUUCACAGGUACGGUUUCCACUUUGAGCAACAGGGUUCCCUUG